CGGACACGUCUGAGGUCUGAGGAAGAAGUCAGGAAUACUCUAGUUAGGAUUUCCAAAAUGGGAUAUAAAGUUCUUGCCUUCUUCGUCUUAUUCUGUGCACCAGGUCUUUGUCAAGUGAAUGUGGUUCCAUCAAAUAACCCAGUGGCAGUCGGGAGCAAUGUCACCCUAGAUGUGAAUUCGUCCAUGCCCAUUACAGUUGGGCUCUGGUUGUUUGGGCCUAGUACAUUGUUCAUGUGGUACAUGGGGGACAUUAUUCCGGGUAAUAGCCUCCAACCGGGAGUAUAUUUUAACAGCUCUACAUAUCAGCUCACCUUAUCGGCAGUAACCCUGGAGAGUUCUGGCGUGUAUGUGCUGGAUGUAUAUAAACCCAAUCGGAUCAGAUCAGAGAUUACGUUGGAAGUUCAGGAACCCGUCGGUAACGUAAAUACAACUGUAAACACAACAAACCUGGUGGAGGUGAACGACACCGUGUACUUCACCUGCUCGGUUACAACUUCGCCGGUGUGGUUUUCGUGGCUGAACGGCAGCUCUGCGGUCAAAGAUGGCGGGAGAGUUCAGCUCCAAAACAGUGGACAAACUCUUAUAAUCAACGGAGUGACUCGGUACGAUGAAGGACCAUUCAAGUGUGUUGUGGUAAACAACAUCAGCAGCCAGCAGAGUGUUGAAAUGAAACUCAAUAUAAGCUAUGGGCCCGGAAACCUGACACUUACUGCCAUGCCAGAGAAAACAGUAUACAUUUCUGGUUCAAACUUUUCUCUGUCAUGCUCUGCUGACUCCAAACCGACCGCUACUUUCAACUGGAUGUUGAAUGGCAAUCUUCUGAAUGUCAAUGGUCCGGUUUAUGUAUUUACAAAGGCUACUCAAAACCAGUCGGGAGUGUACACCUGUGGUGCCCAAAACGCAGCAACACUCAGAUAUGCUGCAGUGACAAAAACUAUUCGUAUAGUUGAUCCAAUAUCAGAAGUGGUAGUGAAUUCAACAAGCUUCCCAGUUGAAAAUGUACCUUUUAAUCUAAGAUGUAAUGUUGUGGGACCAGUGGACUCCAUUCAGUGGAUGAAGGACGGAGUGUACCUGUAUACUGACAACACAACCACGCUCUCUAGUGACAACUCAACCCUGAGCUUUAAACAACUCGCUCUUAGUGAUGACGGACUGUACCAGUGCACAGCUAGUAAUGCAGUGAGCGACAUGACCCAGGCCUAUAACCUGACUGUCAACUAUGGCCCAAUCAACACAGCGGUCUCCGGUCCAUUUGUAGCAGCAGUGGGAGAUAGUGUGACCUUCAGCUGUUCCUCUAACUCUCGUCCUCAAAGUCAGUACAGCUGGUAUUUCAAUGGCUUUAAUGUGUUCAACGGCCCAGUGUACGUAACUGCAGCUCUCCUACAAAACCAAAGUGGACUGUACACCUGCAUGGCCUUUAAUAGUAUCACAGGCAAAACCAACAACAAUUCAAUGACAUUAACCGUCCUUGUUCCUGUGAGCAAUGUUGUGGUGAAUAUUAGCGAUGGACAGCAACCAAUCUUCAGUAACCCAUUCACAUUAACCUGCACGGCCAGUGGAAAUGUUGAUUACAUUCAGUGGAUGUUGAACGGUGCAGUCAUUUAUCCUCAAGAUGGAAUCACUUUCUCAAGUGACAACUCAACCUUGAGCUUCAGUAAUCUCAAUCUCAGUGAUAACGGAAAUUAUCAGUGUGAAGCAAGUAAUGAUAUCAGCAAUAUGACCAGCACAGCCUAUGACUUGAUGGUCAACUAUGGUCCAUGGAACGUAACACUUAAUGGCCCAAACAUGGCAAGAGCUGGAUCCACUGUGACUUUCAGCUGCACUGCGGAUUCUUAUCCUGCAAGUCAGUUCAGCUGGUUCUUUAACAGCUCGUGGGUGGGAAAUGGUCCAGUUUAUGUGACUGCACCUCUGUCACACAACAGCAGUGGACAGUACACAUGCAUGGCCUUCAAUGCCAUAACAGGCAGCAACAGCAGCUCUUCAGCUGUGCAGUUAAAUGUAAUUGAUCCAGUUAGUAAUGUUGCUGUGAACGUGGGCAAUCAGCAACCAGUCUAUAAUCAACCAUUCACUCUAACCUGCACUGCCAGUGGAAAUGUUGAUUACAUUCAGUGGGUGUUGAACGGCACAGACCUUCUUCCUCACGAUAGAAUCACUUUCUCUGGUGACAAUUCAACCUUGAGCUUCAAUAAUCUCACACUCAGUGAUAACGGACAUUAUCAGUGUGAAGCAAGUAACGAGAUCAGCAAUAUGACCAGUUCUGUAUAUGACCUGGUGGUCAACUAUGGUCCAUGGAGGGUAACAAUUAAUGGCCCAAGCAUGGCAGAAACAGGAUCCAGUGUGACUUUCAACUGCACUGCUGAUUCUCUUCCUGCAAGUCAGUUCAGCUGGUUCUUCAACAGCUCAUGGGUGGGAAAUGGUCCAGUGUAUGUGACUGCACCUCUGUCACAAAACAGUACUGGACAGUACACUUGCAUGGCCUUCAAUGCCAUUACAGGCAUCAACAGCAGCUCUUCAGCUGUGCAGUUAACUGUAAUUGAUGCCAUCACCUCAGUGGACGUGACGCCCAGUCCUCUCAUUCCUCUGGUUUCUAAAAGCCUGCAGCUCACCUGUAAUGUGAAUGGACCCUACAUCAAUCUUUACUGGCUUCGAAACAACAAUAAUUUCUUCCCAUCAAACAGAAUUACGUUUUCUGCUGACAACACCACAGUGACCUUCAGUUCAUUGCAAACCACUGAUGAUGGAAGUUACCAGUGUGUCGCCGCCAAUGCAAUAAGACAUCACAUCAGUAAUCCAUAUAAACUUAUGGUCAUCUAUGGACCACAAAGCGUGCAGAUCACUUUGCAUCCUGGGAUUCCUCCAGUCCUGACAUGUCUAGCGGUGUCUCAGCCACCCUCUGUGUAUUACUGGAUACUCGACAACAACACAGUUGUGGGGGAUCAAGCUUCCAUUACGAUUCCUAUCACAUCUAUCCUGGGCAGCAAUUACACCUGUGUGGCCAAAAACCCUCUGACCAACUUGACUCUCUCCAUCAGCCAAGUCGUCAGCUAUCCCAACGCAGCUGACAGAUUCCAGGCCAGUCAUAUGCUGAUGGGCCUCCUCGUUCUGCUGUUCUCUUUACUACAGGAAUGGCUGUAAUUCUGAGACUGCUCUCAGGCC